GCGUGGUGCCGGCUGACUCUGCCCUAGUUGGCACACCCCAGCCAGUAGGAGGGAUCAGAAGCAAGCGAGCCUGCAACAGUUCGCCCCGAGUCCUUUGUCCCUCUGGGCUUCCCGUCCGCCAGGCCCUUCCCUGCGCCCCCAUUGGCUCCAGCUCCUGCCCGGGCCGGGAAAGGAGGGGCGAGUGGGCGGGGCCGCGUGGCGUCAGCGCAAGAUGGCGGCCUCGGCAGCGCUGCUUUUGCGCUUGCGGAGCGGGGUCCGGCUGGGCGCGCGGGGGCUGUGCGCGAGGCUGGCGACGCCGCCCCCACGAGCCUCGGAUCAGGCGACAGAGAUCGGAAGCCGCGGGGGCGCUCAGGCGCAGGCCCAGGGGCCCCAGCAUCACCGCGGCACGGAGGGUCCCAGCUACGCCAAGAAAGUUGCGCUCUGGCUGGCUGGGCUGCUCGGGGCCGGCGGGACUGUGAGCAUUGUCUAUAUCUUCGGAAACAACUCUGUGGAUGAAACUGGUGCCAAGAUUCCAGAUGAAUUCGACAAUGAUCCAGUUCUGGUACAGCAGUUACGCCGGACAUACAAAUAUUUCAAAGAUUACAGACAGAUGAUCAUCGAGCCCACCAGCCCUUGCCUUCUUCCAGACCCCCUGCGGGAGCCGUACUACCAGCCGCCCUACACGCUGGUCUUGGAGCUCACUGGCGUCCUUCUGCACCCUGAGUGGUCGCUGGCCACUGGCUGGAGGUUUAAGAAGCGUCCAGGCAUCGAGACCUUGUUCCAGCAGCUUGCCCCUCUGUAUGAAAUCGUCAUCUUUACCUCCGAGACUGGCAUGACUGCCUUCCCGCUCAUCGACAGCGUGGACCCCCACGGCUUCAUCUCCUACCGCCUCUUCCGGGACGCCACGAGAUACAUGGAUGGGCACCACAUUAAGGACAUUUCAUGUCUGAACCGGGAUCCAGCCCGCGUGGUAAUUGUGGACUGCAAGAAGGAAGCCUUCCGCCUACAGCCCUACAACGGUGUCGCUCUGCGGCCCUGGGACGGCAACUCUGAUGACCGAGUCUUGUUGGACCUGUCUGCCUUCCUCAAGACCAUCGCUCUGAAUGGUGUGGAGGAUGUCCGGACCGUGCUGGAGCACUACGCCCUAGAGGAUGACCCGCUGGAGGCUUUCAAACAGCGCCAGAGUCGACUAGAGCAGGAGGAGCAGCAGCGCCUGGCCGAGCUCUCCAAGUCCAACAAGCAGAACCUCUUCUUCAGCUCUCUCACCAGCCGCCUGUGGCCUCGCUCCAAACAGCCCUGAUCUCAAGGCUUCUUUAAACUCAGUGUCUGGGUGCCAGGCCCCCAGUGCUCCCAGACCACAGCUUGGGCAGCCACAUGUCCAAUAAAAUCCAUCCCAGAUGCCA